GCAUCACCACCCGAUAAGAAAACACUCCGUUAGCCCUUUAACGUUAGCUUGCUGUUGUUACUUUGCUAACUGGAUGGUGCUAACUGGGUAGUUUUGCCUGUAUGAUCUUGUCUUGCUAAGGAGGGGAUAUUAUAUUUGAUGAAAAGGGAAGUUUUAAGUUUCCCUCAGCACGGGAAUAACCAUUAAGGCUAACAUAAACUACAGCUGUUUUCAAUUUACUUACUGCUAACGUUACGUCUUCGGUUUCCAUGGAAAGAACCCUUCAACAAUUGUUUCCAUGGAAACCUAAUAAGAAUGCUGUGCAUGCCGCUAGAUUUUGCCUCUUGCGUUGGGAACCUUGCUUCCACAUCUCUUAUUUAAAAGCCUUAAACCAUCCCUAUAACUCAUCUCUGAUCAUAUAACUAACAAAGAAAGGUUGAAAGAACUCUUCUAUAGCAACACCACAUAACACUUACCUUUCUAAAAAUAUAACUUAACUUUUUAAACAUUUUUUUAAUAAAGUGUAGGCCUAUGUUAGGGCCAUUUGUGUGUUCAAUGUAUGUGUGCUCUUUGUAGCAAUUCAUUACUGUCCCAGUAGAUGGCAUAUUCACUUUAUAUUCACAAUUAGAGGAAGAGGUAAACACUGACAGGUGAGCAGCCGACCGAGAGACGCGCACUGUUUUUGACCGCCGUUGAAGUGUAAGGUGAAUUGAACAUUUAGCCUGGUUUUUGUUUUGCAUGCAAUUAUAAGUGUAUGUAACGACCAGAAGAUCUAUUGUGAAUGAACGAUUCGGAUAAACCUGUUUGAGUGUGACAGCACGGAGUGAGUUAUUCCCACGCAACACGGAAGACGACGCGUCAAUUAAAAUGGCACUCCUUGUGGUUUUUGCGCUGCUGUGCCUGUCCUGCUGGGCCUCUUUCUACUUUAUCGUGUGCAUUGUUAACGGGUCCAGAAGCUACGAGUGGAACUGUCGCCUCGUCACACUGGUACAUGGCAUCCUGGCAGUCUGCAUCACAUCAUACAUAGGCUAUGUGGAUGGACCCUGGCCUUUCACUCAUCCAGGUACCAAGAACACUCCCCUGCAGAUGAGUGCUUUGGUGGUGAGCCUGGGCUACUUUAUUUUUGAUAUGGCCUGGUGUGUGUACUUCCGCACAGAGGGACCCGUUAUGCUGGCCCACCACACCAUGAGCAUCCUGGGAAUCCUGUUGACUCUGUGGCUGGGGGAGUCUGGCAUCGAGGGAUGUGCGGUUCUCUUUGGCAGUGAAAUCACCAACCCCCUGCUGCAGACACGCUGGUUCCUCAAACAAACAGGACGUUACAGGACAGUGCUGGGGAACGUUGUAGACAUCUCGUUCGUACUGCUGUUUGUGGUAAUGCGAAUCUUUGUGGGAGGCACAAUGCUGUACUGUGAGCUGAUCUCCCCAAGACCGAGAUUCUUUAUCAAGUGUGGGGGAGUGGCUAUGUAUGCUCUGUCCUGGGUGUUCAUGGUGGACAUUGUCCGAUUUGCAAUUCGGAAGAGCAAGAGCUGGCACAAACAGCAAAAGAACCAACAAGAGACAGUGACAGCUAAUGGCUACGAGUUGAAGAAUGACUAAUCGUUUUGUAUUAUCUUUUAGUAAACCGGUUCACAUUUGGUGAGUUUUUCACUUUGGGUUACUCUGUAGAGACAGUACAAAAAUAUUUUUUUUGGUAUUUUAAACUAAAAUUAAAAAGGGAUAUUUCACACAUGACUUUCUGUUUAGAAUUGUCCUGUGACACCUUUUUGUGCUUUUUUUGAUAAACUAGUUUUUAUUGCCAUAAUGUCAGCUGAACACAUGAUAAAUAAGGAUUGAUAAUAUAUAACAUGCAGUUAACAAACAACACAAAUACAGUAUGUCGUGUGUGUCCCUGAAAACCAAAGCACUUUCUAUCAACACGUGAACAGAUGUUACUCUAGUGGCCUACUCAAGUGAAGUGUUAGUGAAGAGACAGUUUACAUGUAACACCCGUGGUGCUUGUGAAACAUUUCUAUUCACAUCGGAAAGUUAGGGCUUUGCGGGGUUCUUUUGGCUCGUGUGAAACUUUGAGCGGAUCUGAAAGAUACACUCAGGGAGAAGAAGUCAUACCAGAAAGUCUGAGUGAGAUACAGAGAGAUGCAUUGAGAUGAUGACUGUUUUUUAUGAUUUACUGAAAGAAGUCUUCUAUGCUUUUAACCACUGUAAAAAAAAGCUUACAUAUGAUGUAUUUCUCUCAUGUAUAGAAAGCAGUUCUACUCUGGAAAUGCGAUGAUUUUGCGGUCUGUUUAGUUAUGAUUUACGCAAAUUAUAACCACUUCAAAUGUUUACUAGAAAAUAUCUUACAUAUUUUGUAUUCAAAGUUAUGUGAAGUGUCUAUAUUCACUGUAUAGUUGAGUAUGGACCAGAAUGACUUCAUUAAGUUGUUAAGACAGAAGUCCGACGACAGAUCUGUAUACUCUUUACAGGAAGCUCACAAUUAUUUAAUUUAACAGAGUCAUGUCACAGUCUCAUGGAGAUUUUGUCAGGUGAAACUAAACUAUUGAAUGAAGUGAAAUUCACUGUGAGCUAUCACAGCUAGGCUUUCUUUAGUCUUUGCCUUAUGUUUGAUCAAACAAAAACAAUGAUUUAAGAGGUAUAUGUUCUAUGUUUGAUUAAGUCCCAUAAACAUUUUGAUUUCUAUAUAAAGCCUUAACACAAGGGAGUACUGCCCAAAUAUCUAGGGCUGACAAAUAAAUAACUGUUGUUGUAUAUGUUCAAUACAAUGAUAAUGAAAUAACACUGAGGUAAUUGUGAUUUCAGAAAUUCUGUUUUCCAGUUUAGUCAUUUCUAAAAUGACAAAAUAAGUAAUUACUCUUUGUUUUAUUGACAUGUGGCGACUUUUGUCCUACUCUUUGUGUGGAUUUUGACAGUGUUUGUCAUUUUAUAUAAAUUGUUGUCAGAAAAAUAUUAAUCAAAGUAUUUACAUAUGGAUUUUAACUGGUAUGGUCCAAUCAGAAAAACACAAGUGCAUCAUGGGACUAAGGUGAAAGUGGUUUGGUAUGCAGGUUAUUAACAAACAUGAUUUAGUCAACUUCAUGACUGGAUUUGUUCUGAGGACAAACGGCGAACCACUAGCUUUCCUCUUUGUGCUUGGGCUUUAUAUUGUUUUUUUUUUGUUAUUAUUAUGAAGUUGUGAUUUUAAAUCUAUUCAACAUGGAUAUCUGCAGUUUAAAUGUCUGUCAUCCCUUUGUUUUGCAACUUGCAUGAAAUCACUGAAAUAAGAUGUGCUGCUCUCACACAAGGUCUAGUUUCCUCUUCACUAUUUCAUCUAAGAAAGUAACAUCUCUAACUGGUGUGUGCCUUAGUUUUCUGAAUGUACUUUCCUCAUUUUCUUUUGUUUUUUGGUAUGUCUUGUAUUGUGAACUCUCGGUACAUGUUGAAAUUGUGAAGAGCCACUUUCAGUUUUGGGUUUCAUGAUUUGCCUUUGUAAUGCCUGUGUGGAGUCAAAUAAAGAUGUGAUUGAUUGUU